AGAUGAGAAAUAAAAGAAGACAUAUUUCAAGAAAUAGAAGCAAAUUUAUAACUAAGAGGUCACAAUAAUAGCAUUUUAUAAAUUAAAGGUAUUAAAUGCAAUAUAUAUAUAAAACUAGCUUUAAAUCUAAAAAUAAAUGAGUAAAAAACAUGAAAUAAUGCAUUAAAUCUGCUCAUGUCUCAGUGAGUCGAGGGGGCGUGUCGUGACGUCAUCACAUCUCCGCCCCCUUCCCCCCGUCAGUCGGACACGCCUCCAGCUCGUCUCCUAGCAACCAGCUGCUCAGCCGCUCCGAGCCGCUGCAGGCCCGUCCGGACCUGGAGGGACUGGGACCGGGACUCGACCCUGUGACCCCCCCUCCUCCGGUAACUUCCAUGGGACCGAGCUCGGAGUGAGGGAGCCCGAGGAGCCGCCAUGAACGACCGGUAUCACCGGGCGGCCCGGGACGGCUACCUGGACGUCCUGAAGGAGGCCACACGGAAGGAGCUGAACGCCCCGGACGAGGAUGGGAUGACACCGACGUUAUGGGCCGCGUACCACGGCAACCUGGAGGCGCUCCGGCUCAUCGUGGGGAGAGGAGGUGACCCGGACAAAUGUGACAUCUGGGGCAACACGCCGCUUCACCUGGCAGCUGCCAACGGCCACCACAACUGCCUGUCCUUCCUGGUGGCUUUCGGUGCCAACGUGUGGUGUCUGGACAACGACUACCACACUCCGCUGGACAUGGCCGCCACCAAGGGCCACAUGGACUGCGUUCGCUACCUGGACUCCAUCGCUGCCAAGCAGAUCACCCUCAACCCGAAGCUGGUGAGCAAACUCAAGGACCGGGCGUUUCGGGCGGCGGAGCGUCGCAUCAAGGAUUGCGCGAAGCUCCAGAGGAAGCACCGCGAACGCAUGGAGAGGAAGUUCAUGAAAGAGUCAGCGGCUUUGGACAACCUGGACGCUAUUAGCUUUUCGAGCUACACCAGCAGCAGCACGCUGAGCCGGAAGUUCAACACCGUCACCUCCAACAUGCCAUACUCUCAGGCCACUCUGCAUUCGACAAGCAAGGGUAAGGCCAAGAUACAGAAGAAGCUUGAGAAGAAGAAGCAGGUUGACGGAACGUUCAAGAUCUAUGAGGACGGGAGGAAAAGCGUGCGCUCACUGUCUGGUCUGCAGCUCGGGAACGACGUCAUGUUCCUGAAACAGGGCACCUACGCCAACCCCAGGGAGCGGUCGCGCCUCAACAUCCGAGACAUGUUCCCCCGUGACCAUGACGACGACGACGCCGACAACAUCUCCCGUGCCAUGAGCGACCCGGGUCUCCACGAGGCCGCCUACUCCGAGAUCAGCGCCGACUCCGGACGCGACUCCCUUUUCACCCGGCCGGGCCUCGGCACCAUGGUGUUCAGGAGGAACUAUAUGAGCGGCGGCCUGUUUGGGAUCGGGGCUCGGGACGAAGGGAGCGUCGUGGGGAGCGAACCCAUCGGCCGGGCGCCUAACGUCCGACUGCGUGGACACCUCCCUCAGCGGCUGUCCAGCUUCGACGAGGACAGCAUCGGCAGCGCCUUGAGUCUACAAGAGAGGAACCUGCAGGAGCUGCCUUGGGAGGAGGCCGACGUGGAGCUGGACGCAGACUUGGAGCCAGAGAACAGUCCUCUGGAGACGUUUCUGGCCUCUCAGAGCCUCAGUGAGUUUAUCGCCAUCUUCAGGAGGGAGAAGAUCGACCUGGAGGCUUUGUUGCUUUGUUCAGAUAAGGACCUUUCCAGCAUCCACAUCCCUUUAGGACCCAGGAAAAAGCUGCUGGACGCCUGCAAGAGACGCCUGGACACUCUGGAUGAACCCGAGGCCAUCGAAGACACUGAGCUCUGAGACCUAGCAUGUCCUCAUUUUGUCAUAUUUAGUUUUUGCCUGCAUUAGCAUGGCCUUUAGGUGAUAUUUACUGGGGGGAAACGAGAACUGACUGACCAUGUUAACCCUACAUCAUAGGCCUUCAACAGGGGGCGCAAAUAUCGGUUGAUUAGACUUUUUCUUUUUCUCCAAACUUGAAAUUAGUUUAAAUGCACAUUAACAUGAAUCGGACA